UCUGAAGGCUUUUCAACCAGCUACAAUGUCAACAGACAAUGAUGUUUCCCUCUCCAGUUAUGAUGAGACUUUGGGAUCAAAACUUGCUCGAAAAGCUAAAGAGGCACCAUUUGUCCCAAUUGGAAUAGCAGGCUUUGCAGCUAUUGUUGCAUAUGGAUUAUACAAACUGAAGAGCAGAGGGAAUGCUAAAAUGUCUGUCCACCUGAUUCACAUGCGUGUGGGAGUCCAAGGCUUUGUAGUAGGAGCAAUGACUGUUGGUAUGUUGUACUCCAUGUAUUGGGAAUACUGGGCAAAACCAAAAUCCGAACCUUAGGAGGAAAGAUGCUGUCUUCAUGCUGAUG